AUGGACCAUAAGAGAGCACUAACCAUUUCACUGGCUGUUGACAAGGUGGAUAACUCUCAAGUAUGUCUGGCCUGCCUGGCUAUAUUCGUCCAUUGGGAUUCCUAGUCUUUUUCUCAGCCAUUAUGCAAUUACUAUAAUCAACAACUGUGAGCAUUUUAACAGUGCCCCUUUCUGCUUUUUAGAAGGGAAGUCCACUAAAAAUUCCCAAGACCCUUCUUUCUUCAGAGUUGAGAUGUGGGAAUGAAGAGUCACAGGUAGAUGUUAUUCUCUACGGGUCACCUUUCUCUUUCUCCUCUUGAAAGUGCAACGGGUAACUUUUUUUGCCCCCCUGUGGCCUCUCCACAAAGUGUACACCACAUUCAUACACCCAAAUAUUAAAAUGAUAGAAAAGUAAUGAAACGACAGACUGCGCCUUCAACUUUGUUCCAUGAGGUUUUGUUAUUGUGAUCCGCGCAGUGGGUCAGUAACUCUCCCUCCAUUUCUCCCAACAGAUUCACUGGACCCAGAUUGCUGGAAACAGAAUCAAACUCCAAAAUUCUUGUCAGCAGAAUGGAUCCAUCUCUUUUGAUCACGGCCAGGCGGCUUUAGCCCAAGCGGCAAUGGACUGGUGAGGAGCAGUAUUUAUGGAGCCACAGAUGGAGUUAUGUUAGGAAGCAAACAUAAUUAGUCUGGUUAGGUUAGACUUGUUGACUGUUCAUAGAUGAUCUUGCUCUAUAACACGGUCAGUUAUUAAAGCUGCAAUAAGUUACUUUUUGGGCGGCCUGACCAAAUUCACAUAGAAAUAUGUUAUAGAUAUGUCAUUCUCAUUGAAACAAAGUCUAAGAAGCAGUAGAUUUGUUCUAUGUGUGCUAUUUCUAUGCUUCCCGUUCUUAAGUUUAGUUAAGUCUUACUUUCAGUUUUGUACACCAGCUCCAAACAGCUGAAAAUACAAUAUUUUUGGUUAUGGAAAAUAUAUUUCACAGCGGUUUAGAUGGUACAAUGAUUUUCUACACUAUACUUGCUUGUUUUGUCACAUAAACUGAAAUUAGGCGUACUAUUAGAAUUUUAGCAACCAGUAUAUAGCGGAGCGAUUUCUGCAUAGUCCAUUUUUGAGACAGCCUUUGUCUUUAUCUGUGAACUAAUUCCGUCCCUUUGCACGGUAAGGACGAAUUAAGCCACUGUAUUUCAUUGAGUGCAGUUUUCCGAACAUUCACCAGAUGGGGCUCUUCCCCUAAGUACUUUCCUCAGAGGUACAGUGCAUUCGGAAAGUUUUCAGACCCCUUGACUUUUUCCACAUUAUGUUACGUUACAGCCUUAUUCUAAAAUGUAUUAAAUUGUUUUUUCCCACCUCAAUCUAUACACAAUACCCCAUAAUGACAUAGUGAAAACUGGUUUUUAGAAACGUUUGAAAAUGUAUUAUAAAAAAAAACCUGGAAAUAUUACAUUUACAGAAGUAUUCAGACCCUUUACUCAGUACUUUGUUGAAGGACCUUUGGCAGCGAUUACAGCCUCGAGUCUUAUUGGGUAUGACACUACAAGCUUGGCACACCUGUAUUUGGGGAGUUUCUCCCAUUCUUCUCUGCAGAUCCUCUCAAGCUCUAUCAGGUUGGAUGGGGAGUGUCGCUGCACAGCUUUUUUCAGGUCUCUCCAGCGAUGUUCGAUCGGGUUCAAGUCCGGGCUCUGGCUGGGACACUCAAGGACAUUGAGACUUGUCCCAAAGCAACUCCUGUGUUGUCUUUGCUGUGUGCUUAGGGUCAUUGUCCUGUUGGAAGGUGAACCUUCGCCCCAGUCUGAGCGCUCUGGAGCAGGUUUUCAUCAAGGAUCUCUCUGUGCGUUGCUCCAUUCAUCUUUCCCUCGAUCCUGACUAGUCUCCCAGUCCCUGUCGCUGAAAAACAUCCCCACAGCAUGAUGCUGCCACCACCAUGCUUCACCGUAGGGAUGGUGCCAGGUUUCCUCCAGACGUGACGCUUGGCAUUCAGGCCAAAGAGUUCAAUCUUGGUUUCAUCAGACCAGAUAAUCUUGUUUCUCAUGGUCUGAUAGUCUUUAGGUGCCUUUUGGUAAACUCCAAGUGGGCUGUCAUGUGCCCUUUACUGAGGAGUGGCUACCGUCUGGCCACUCUACCAUAAAGCCUGAUUGGUGGAGUGCUGCAGAGAGGGUUGUCCUUCUGGAAGGUUCUCCCAUCUCCACAGAGGAACUCUGGAGCUCUGUCAGAGUGACCAUCGGGUUCUUGGUCACCUCCCUGACCAAGGCUCUUCUCUCCCGAUUGCUCAGUUUGGCCGGGCGGCCAGCUCUAGGAAGAGUCUUGGUGGUUCCAAACUUCUUCCAUUUAAGAAUGAUGGAGGCCACUGUGUUCUUGGGGACCUUCAAUGCUGCAGACAUUUUUUGGUACCCUUCCCCAGAUCUGUGCCUCGACCAAUCCUGUCUUGGAGCUCUACGGACAAUUCCUUUGACCUCAUUGCUUGUUUUUACUCUGACAUUCAUGUCAACUGUGGGACUAUAUAGACGGUGUGUGCCUUUCCAAAUCAUGUCCAAUCAAUUGAUUUACCACAGGUGGACUCCAUCAAGUUGUUAGAAACAUCUCAAGGAUAUCAAUGGAAAGCAGAUGCACCUGAGCUCAUUUCGAGUGUCAUAGUGAGGGUUGAAUACUAUGUAAUAAGGUUUUAUUUUUUUUAUUAUAUACAUUUGCAAACAUUUCUAAAAACCUGUUUUCGCUUGGUCAUUAUGGGGUACAGUUUGUAGAUUGGUGAGAAAUGUUUUAUUUAAUCAAUUUUAGAAUAGGCGUAACGUAAAACAAAUGUGGAAAAGUCAAGGGGUCUGUAAAUAUUUCCGAAUGCACUGUAGCUAAAAUGGCCAGUACUGAUCUGUGGACUUGCUUAGCUGCAGCUGCAGUGUUAAUCUUUAUCACGCAGACACACUGCCUGGUCAGAUCAACCCCAUUCCAUCUGUCUGCCCCUCCCCCCUAUAGUCUCACGCGCAGUUUCCCAAUUGGUUCACUUUUAAAGAGAUGACCCAGAAUGGUCAAGAUAUUACAUUUAAGUCAUUUAAUAGAUGCUUGUCAGAUGGGGUCACAAUGUCACAUACGGGUCGUAGGGCUCUAAAGGUUCUGACUGGUUCUGUUCCUUCCUUCAGCACGCAGCUCCAGUUGGUCCUCACGGACGUUCUGAAGACGGAACAGGGGCAGGACUACCUGGACAGGAAGCGCCUUGGCAAGAUGACAGGAAUUGGAGAGAGGAAGAGAGAGUCACGGAUGGGGAGUGGGCAAAGGAGAGUGUCUCAGAGCAGGAGAAAGGGGAGGGAGGAUUGUAGAGAUUUCACAGUACACCGAAAGAGACCCCACGACCACCCCACACCCACCUCGACCCGCAAGGAGAGGAGGUAAUCCUCGGUUAAAUGUUGCUGAAUUCCGAUUGGCUGUUGGAGAGUGGACACUGCAUGCCGAUGAUGUCUGUAGAUGAUUAAUGUGGAGUCUGUUAAGUGUAGGGAACAUAUCUUCCCUUUAGGAUGCCAGUGAGUGAUUUAAGAGUUAAAACACUGCACAGGGUAACCAUGCAGUGGAAUAAUUGCUUUCUGGUGACUUUCUCUUUCGCUCUUGUUUAGGUCACACCACAGAGGGGGGUCAGAGGAAGACGAGGAGGUGAAGGAACUUAUAAUAGGAGAGGAAAACAGCAAGGACCAGAGAUGCAGUGAGUCCCCCAACACACACACACUCCCCCUGCUACCGCGUUCCCGAUCCCCCCCUCUCUGAGGGUUAUCCUUAUUGGAAAGGCUCUGCAGUAUUCCUGUUGUACAUAAACAAACCCUUUUACUUUUGUAGAGCUGUAAAACAAAGACCUGCUGAAUGUGCAUUUCUUACACAUGCACACACACACACAGGCAAAGUUCAUUUAAUAAUGUUCAUUUGUUUUUCCAUAUCUGCUGCCCUACUUUCUGGAGAGUAGCAACACAUUUAUUGUAUCUGGCUUGAUAUCUUUAUCACUGUCUCUCUCCUCUGCAGACAGUGGUGUGUCAGGGAGGCGCAGUUCACGGGAACCCCUGGAGGAGGUGACCUUUACUGAGGGGGACAGGCACCAGGAAAAGUCUUACCCACAAUCCACCAGGACUAGGAAGGCAGAUUCAGGUUCAAGCGAAUCCGCACAUGCUGAGGUAGACUCUUCGGGAAGUAGUUACUUAAAUACUGACAUUAAAAUUGACUGACUUUAAGGCUGACGCCAAAAACCUGCAAGCUGCUAACCAAACCAUUAGACAACCUGCCAUGGGGCUAAAGCAACACCUUAUCUCUCCUUGUUUCCAGAGGGAGAGUCAGAGAAGGGAGUCUGGGCUCUACUGUAAUGGACAGGUGAAGGAUGGAGUGGCAGAGGGCUUGACCACAGACGCCUCCAGGAGCUCCAGGGGGAGCGUGCUGCGCCUCUCCAGGGAGCCCAGAGACGAGGGAGGACUGACCCCCAAACAGCUGUGUCUGGAGGGGACGGGGGGCAGAGACACCAAUGUAGCAUCCAUAGAAGUAGAGGUGGACCCCUCAGACUUUGACGGGACCAUGAUGGUAGUCACUGUGGGGGAAGACGGGGAAGUUGCUAGCCCCUCUAACCCCAGCUGUGGAGGGGUUAAGGAGAGGAGAGGAACCCUGAGGCUGAGCCUGUCCUCCAGCCAGGAUAGGACGCCCAAACCCAGCCCUGUUGAACCAAGUGAGUAUAGAGCUACGUAUAAGCUAUCAUACUGUACAAUGCAUAUCUGCACUCACUCCUGGUGUGUCUAUCUGUGUGUGUGUUUUCUCCUGACUCUCAUUGAAAUAACCCCCCCUCCUGGAAUGGUUACAUCAUAAUGUAGUCUAUUUCUCUGCCUCGGGCACCGACCCUAAGCCCGGUCACACACAAACACACUACGUGUCUGUCUGUAACACUGACCACUGGGUGAGUGCUUGUGACUGUCUUUGUCAGUAUGCCAAGUGUGUGUUGAGUGUGUUUCUGUGCAUGUAUCUGACUCUGCAAGUAUUUAAUAUUUUAUGUAGUGUCUUAUCUGUAUCUGUAUCUGUGUGAUAGCACUAGCUGUGCCUUACAACACUAUGGCAUUGGUAUAGUUACUGCAGCCCCAACAUAGCAGCAUUACUGCUGUCCCCGUCUUUCCUUCAAAGUUCAUUACACCACAGUCAUCGUAUGUGUGAGAGAGAGUAUAAUUAGGCUGAUAUCCAGUAUUUCACUGCAGUAUGUUUAAUGUGUGUGUUUUAGUCCUUCUCUCCAGUGAUGAGGAGGUAGUCACCCCGUCCCACAGUUCAGUCCUUUGGCCACAGACUAGUGAGUGUGAGUCCCAGAGAAACCAUGCUCAGGGAGACAACGUGGUGGCAGAGAUGGACUUUCAGGUGGGCAAAAACAACUUCUUACAUAUUAUGACAUCACAAAAGACAGAAUAGGGGAUCUCAUAAUGGAUGACAUCACAAAGGACGGGAGUCUCAUAAUGGAUGACAUCACAAAGGACGGGAGUCUCAUAAUGGAUGACACCACAAAGGACAGAAUAGGGGGGUCUCACGAUGGAUAACACCACAAAGGACAGAAUAGUGGGAUCUCACGAUGGAUGACACCACAAAGGACAGAAUAGUGGGAUCUCACGAUGGAUGACACCACAAAGGACAGAAUAGGGGGAUCUCAUGAUGGAUGACACCACAAAGGACAGAAUAGGGGGAUCUCACGAUGGAUGACACCAUAAAGGACAGAAUUGGGGGAUCUCAUGAUGGAUGACACAUCAAAGGACAGAAUAGGGGUCUCACAGUAGAAGCGGCAAAGAGAGAAAUCGAAUUCUACCAAAACAAUGGAAAUUCCAUGGCAAUGCCACUCAGGCGUCCCCCCCCCCCCCCCCCCCCCCCCCUCAUUGCCCCCAUCAAAAUUAGCCUAGGCUACAUUUAGGCUAUUGCUUAUAUGUGCAAUUCACAAAAUCAGAGUAUAAUGCGUGUAUGGAUGUCAACCCCAAUACAUGUUCAUGUUAUCGUCACCAGUCAACUACAUUACAAUUAAAAACGUCUUCAAGUACCACCACUGAUUUCUGUAUGGCUACCAGCUUAUAUGAACUGGAGUUGGCAUUUAUCAGACAUUUUUUCUAACCCGAAAAGGACUAUUUCUAAAUAUUAUGCAGUGAAAACAGCCAAAUAUAUCUAAAUCAGAUUUUAGUCAUCACAUUGUGGACAUGUUAGAACACAGAAAUCAUGACAGAUUUGACAAAUAUCCACUUUGUAAGGUCAGAUUUUUUGAAUGUGCACCAAUGAUGUUCUUUCCCCCACCGUCUUUUCUUUACCGCAUGUAUGGAUGACAUCACAAAGGGCAGAACAGGGGGAGCUCACAAUGGAUGACAUCACAAAGGGUUGGGAACUGGGCAGAUUCUGUGACAUCACAAAGGGCUUAACCUGGCUUCGAUGAUAUCACAAAGAAAAGCACAGAUGGAUGUGAUAUCACAAAGGGCUGAGUUGGUUAAAAGAUGUCAUAUAAGAAAGCAAAUAGAUUAGGGUGAUAUCACAAAGGGCUGCUAACAGAGGGAUCAGGGUAGAGGCAGGUGUUUCAUGAUUAGACUGGCCCCAGGGGGCAGAACCACCACGUGCUACCUGUCAAGGUUUAUAGGCCAGAGUGGGGAUACUAUAGCUCCCACAUACUGCAGUCAGCCAAAACAUAGGAGGACAAGCCAAAUGCCCUCUGCUGCAACACAUACAGGUGAACACACAUCAUUUAAACCUAUCCGUUGAUUAACUAAGUCUCUCACACGAACCCCUUCUAUGCCUCAUUGCUUAUCCGGACUCUCUUGUGUCCUCGUGAUCAGAAAGCAUGGUUGUUAUGUGCUUGCAUACAUGUAUUUGUGUGUGUUACUCAUCAAUGUGUGUGUGUGUGUUACUCAUCAAUGUGUGUGUGUGUUACUCAUCAAUGUGUGUGUGUUACUCAUCAAUGUGUGUGUGUUACUCAUCUGUGUGUGUUGUAGGUGGUGCCUGUGGUGGUGACAGGGUUUGGGGCCGAUUUCCCCAGCACUGAGCACUCCGAGGGUCUGGGCCUACCGUUCUCUGCCCUGCACUGUGGGGGGAUCCGAGGGGAGGCCAGCGGAAACCUCAUGGUAAGGUUCUGCACUGUGGGGGGGUCCGAGGGGAGGCCAGCGGAAACCUCAUGGUAAGGUUCUGCACACCGUGCUCGAACUGUGGAGAAUAGAUGCCGUACAUACUAGAAUAGGUAUGCAAUACAGUGGUCAUGUGACAUGGGGCCCUUUCUUUCCUCUGCAGAUCACAAACCAAAGAAUCAUCAUACCAAUCAAAGGUAACCCAGCACCCCUGGACUUUGCUUGUGUUCUCGCCACACCGUUGACCAUGCAGUCCUGGUCCUCUAUUUAUACUUGAAUCGUUAAUCGUUUUCCAUUAUUACUUGGUCCAACCUGAACAUGACCGUGUGUGGUCGCUAGCCCCUCUGUGACCCAGACUGUUGCCCCCUCUCUGUAGGCCAGGUAGAGGUGAUGGUGACUGUGGAGCGCUGUCAGCUGUGGCGGUACAGCGUCUGGGACAGGGAGGAGCUACAGGAGAGAGGGCUGGGGUGGGAGGUCAAGGAAGAGAUGGGGCAGCCUCCCCCUGCCCUCCUCCUCCUCUACGUGUCAGACGCCCAGGCAGUCGCUGUCCAAGAAGACCUGAGUGAGCUGUCAAUCAAACAGGCCUUAGAACCACCCACUGGUGAGAGCCUGCCUUUUGGAACCAAAGUGUGUGUGUUAGUGUUGCACGGUAUACCGAAACUUCUGUACUUUUUCGAUAGUAGAACGUGAAAAACGGUUCAGUGCUGGAAUCGUCUCAAUUUGUCUCACGUCGUCUACUGAUUGAGAAAGGAUCAGGUCUGUCUAUCAGCGUAGCCGAUGUCCCCUAAUAGCGCUAGCGCACAGUGUCUGCUCCCUGCCUGCUCCACUUACUCACUGCUAGCUCUAGCAUGUCCUGAGGAACCACUGCACUCACUGGGAGUCUGGGCUGCAUCAUGCUAGCUCCCCACUCAGGCUGCACACAAGUUAACACACUUGAAUAAUGCAACACAGCAUGUAGAAUCUGUUCGCAAAACAAUGUCCAUUACAGGCUAGAACACUUUACAAUGCAAGGAGAUACCGGUAGCUUACAGCUUUGUAGGCUAACUUUUCUUGCUAGCUAACAGCUGAAGCUAACGUCAAUUCACUACCCUAGUACCAUAAUGCAAAAUAUGCUGAUUUCAAAGCUGAUUGUCACCAAAAACCAUAGUCAAUGUCAAAAACGUUAUUCAUUCACAUCUCUCCUGUCUCUCUCACUGUGUAGUGAUAUUGAACUCUACAGAUCUGUCUGGAUCAAGUGCCAUUCUAUUACGCCUUUUUUUGUGUUGUUUUGGUAUCAAGUAUCGUGAUACUAAACCUGGUAUCAAUGUCAAAAUUCUGGUCUUGUGACAACACUAGUGUGUGGGUAGGUGGGUGUUUGCUCAAGCAUGUGUAUGCCCAUGUGCAAAUGUGUUUUGAAUAUGUGUGUGUGUGUGCUCACAGGCCAGGCCAGUCCCUUCCUCCUGCUGACUCUGCGUGCCCCUCUGGAGGGGGUGGAGGGUGCUUUACUUCGCUCCAUCCUCGACAUCAUCUGUCUCAACAAUGCCCCGCACUUCGAUGCCGCAGGUCUCCGUGGCAACGCUCCCAUCAACUGGGCGGUGGACCUCCACAGUCCCCUCCUGUCAUUGGACGACAGUCUGGCGCUGAUCGGUAGAACUGGACUGGACCACCAGCUGCUCUCCCUACUGGGACAGAAGAGUGCCGAGCCUGUCGUAGAACCCGACCAGGACAGAGACACACCUGGGCCGAAUCUGGACACUGUGGAGGGAGAGUCACAGACACCACUGGAGACAGAUACAGAGGUACAGACAGAGGAGGAGGAGGAGCAGAGGGAGGCAGAGAGCGUGCCCCUCACUGAGGUUGGUAGUAUUUUGUGUGUGUGUUUGGGUGUGGAGACUUGUGUGUGUGACUGAUGUCAUCAAGCUGAACCAUAACAAAAGCUCUAACAUGAAUGAUCAAAUUAAUAAUGUGUACCCUAUUACACUUCCUCUGUCAUGUGUCACCCCUCCAGGAGAGUCCAGUCCAGCCCAGACCCGUGUACACAGUGUGUCACAGCAGAACCAGAGGCUCCUACUCCGUGUCCCUGGGCCCGAAGCCAGGCUCCAACUGGACCCGAUACAAGCACCAGGGCCCCACACACAGGCAAGCUACACAACUCCCAUGAUUUGUGGAAUCUUUGAAACAGGUGUGUUAGUGCUGGGCUUGAACAAAAGCCUGCACACCCUAUUGGUCUCCAGGACCUGAGAUGGAGACCCUUGCUGUAGAGAAGUGGUUCCCAAACUGUGGGGUUGGCAGGGUAGGUGCAUAUAAAAAUAAAAAUAAGGAACUCAGUCCGGCUUUAAAAACGUACUCUUGAAAGUUGUAAGAGAAGAAUGCACAAGGUGCAAUUACGGAAUUGGGUAGUGCAUCAACAGUUCGUCUUGUACCUUAGAGAGCUAUUUAUAACUUGUCAGAAAUGUCCAGAUCAACUAGCCCGUGUCAGCUAACGUUUUUUAUCACAUGAAUGCACAUUAGACAUAGCAAAAUGUAUAGAAUUGCAAGAAAAUUAGCUUUAAAACUGCAAAAUGUUCUCUCCGCCAACAAGAGGGGUGUGAACAGUUUGUGUCAUGAACAGUGAUUGUGCCCAUAGAAAUAGACGUUUCGCAGGGAGGAGCCCUUAUGUUCCCCAAUGCUGGAAGGGGGGCCUGAGUGAAAAAGUUUGGGAACCCCAGCUGUAGAGAAUACUUAGUGUAGGGAUGUGCUUUCACGCUUAGUUUUUUUCUUUCUGAUCCUUCUCAGGUUGAUCCAGUUUCCUCCACCGCCUUCCAAAGGAGGGAUCGCCGUGACAACAGAAGAUCUGGAGUGCCUUGACAACGGCCAGUUCCUGAAUGAUGUCAUCAUCGACUUCUACCUCAAGUAAGUGACAUCGUUGAUCGUAUAAGGGUGACAUCCUCAGUUUGGUGCCAACAUGGGGGACAGUUUCAACCCGUGCAUGUCUCCGUCUCUGUCCCAACAGGUAUCUGCUUCUGGAGAGGGUUCCACAGGAUGUGGCUGAACGCUCUCACGUCUUCAGUAGCUUCUUCUACAAGCAGCUCACACGCCGAGACAACGCCAGUGAGGACAUUGCCAGCGUCUCGUAAGUGUGUUUGUCUGUUAUGAGUUUAUCUGGCAUCAAGUAAUUCAGUAUGCAAGAAGAGACUUAAACACUUACAUGGAGAGUUGAUGCAAAGUAUUUAAUAUUGCGGUACCGAAUUCACAUAGCAAACGGCACGUGUGUGGCCCAUUUUGCUAUCUGAACUCCUGAACAAAGGAAAUCUCUUAGCUUAUAUACUUGUUUGCAAGCUAAUUCUAUCCAACAGUUGCCAAUCAUUAUUGAGUGUCACUCCUCACCACAAUAGCAUCACCCUAUAUGGUAUUGUCUUGCACCCUAGUCAGGACAUUCCAUCAUGCACCAGUGGCACCCAGCUAUCUUGGCACGCAUACCUUCUGGCACCCACCAGUGACAGAAAUAAAUACAUGGAAUGUCCUCAUCCUCCAAAUCCUAUGCAGCUCACAAUAUCAAACAUGAACAAAUCCUGUAUAAAAGAUGUAAUAUCAGUGUCUAUUUCAGUUGAUCAAUUAUGCAUUUGUAUCUUUGUGUUGUGUUUUUUUGUUUCUUUGUGUGUGUGUGUGUCUUGACGUGUGUUGUCUCUCCCCAGAGCGCAGCAGAGGCGGCAUCAGCGGGUGAAGACGUGGACACGACAUGUGGACAUCUUCAAGAAAGACUUCCUGUUUGUGCCUGUCAAUCAGGAGUGAGUGACACACACACACACACACACACACACAUCAAUAAAUAAACCGUGUGGCUCAUAGUUCUUUCUUCCUCGUAUGACAGAGCCCACUGGUACCUGGUGGUGAUCUGCUUCCCUGGCCUGGAGGAGCCCCAGUGUGAGGAGGGGAGCAGCCCAGCCUCGCUGAGGGGAACAGGGGGAGAGAAGCCAGGCGAGGCCCAGGCUGAAGAGGAGGCCUCUGGGUCCAAAAAGCUAAAUGGCAUCAGUGAAGUCACCCCUGAAUCGACUAGCACUGACAACCAGGACAAACUGACAGUUACAGGUAUGUGUGACUUAAGUCCUGUCAUCCUGUCUCUCACAGGACAUUACAUAUCUUUAUGUCAAACUUCCUUAAUAGUCAAACAUUAGUGAAAAUGUGCAUAGGUUUAGGAGUAUGACUAUAAUCUAUGUUUUAGAUAAAUAGGCAGAGUGGAAAAACUAGGGCUGUGGCCUGUGGGUAGGAUGGAGCCAGAACAGUGAGGGGGAGAGUUAUUUACAAGCUGCUCUGGCUUUUUGUCAUCAAAAAAACAAUCACAACACCAGUCACAGACAGAAACACAGAAUGAGGCUGGACCUUAAGAGGCUUUCAUCUACUGGGUUUUCUAUUAGACUUUUUAUGAUGCAUUCCAUUCUUUAUAUCACUGUGUUGCAAUAACUUCCACAAUGACAAUAGCAACAACUACAAUAUGAACAGGGUUGCUGUUAGGAAAUAACCGCAGCAGCAGAAAUACUAGUGCUGAAGUCCUGUGAUUUAGCAUGAGGAGGAUAAUUCUGAUGAUGCUGCUGAUGUUUUCUCUCUAGUUGUGUCAGAUAGCGUGGUACAGGGUGAAUCAGUACUCCAGCCACCUCCUGGUCCCCUGGUAAGACACAACUCUCUUUAGGGAUCUCUGUUGGUUCUCUAUUUCUCACAUUCAGUGGUUUUCCUUCUCUCUCACUCUGUCGUUGUCUUUCUUACAUUCUGUCGUUCUUCUCACUAGGACUGCACUGAGAAGACCUGUCACAGAGAGACCAUCUGUAAAAGGGGAGUGGAUGACAACACACUCACACACACACACACACACACACACACACACACAAAGAAGGUGUGUUCUAGAGCUCUUAACUAGAUGUUUAUAUGCACAUCUCUUCUCUCCUCAGACCCUGUAUUCUCCUCAUGGACUCCCUCAAGUUCUCCCUCCAUGAGCGCGUCUUCAAACUCUUACGGGAGUGAGUCUGUUCACUUUAUCUGUGUGUGUGUGUGUGUGUGUGUUACAUAUCUACAAAUUGAAUGGAAUGUUGUGUGUUUGCCUGUGGGUGUGUGAAUACGUGCCUUAUGGGUGUGUUGUAGCCAUAAUGUACCAACUCUCUUCUCUGUCUGUCUGUCUGUGUGUGUGUCAGGUACCUGCAGUCGGAGUGGGAGGUGCGUCGGGGCUCUGUGCGCGAGUUCAGUUCUGAGCAGAUGAGAGGCUCCCACUGUAAGGUCCCCCUACAGGACAACAGCAGCGACUGCGGCCUCUACCUGCUGCAGUAUGUCGAGAGCUUCCUGCAGGUAACAAUACGAAUGGAAUAAGAACACGCAUGCAUAGGAGUUGACAUGCUCCCACCUGUAACCAGCCGGGGAUUGAACUCUUGUCGUGUCUUAUCAACUCAAAACCACGUUAGCCAACGGAGCUAAAGCUUGUGUCUUCAGGUCUAAGGCGAGGUUGCUCACGUGUUUCUCUUAUGAGAACAUACUCACCAAACCAAUAUGCUGACAUACACCUAAAUACAACUUUUCUCUCUCUCUCUCCUGACCUUUCUCCCUUUAGGACCCUGUGGUGCACUUUGACCUCCCCCUGUGCCUAGAACGCUGGUUCCCACGGCAACAGGUGAGGAGGAAACGAGACGAGAUCAGGGACCUGGUGCUGCACCUUUACAGACACCAGAGGGGCACG